AUGUACGCUCUUCGGCUCAGCCGUUUCGCUGGGGCGGCUCGUUAUAGAGCUCUCCAUACCACCUAUGCUCUCCAGGCCAAUGUUCCAAUGUCGAAGUUCGAUAAAAACCCACUUCCAUAUGAGCAGCUUCAUAACAACCUCAAAGUUGUUCGAGACCGUUUGAAACGUCCUUUGACACUUUCCGAGAAAAUCCUCUAUGCUCACUUGGAUCAGCCAACAACUCAAGAAAUUGAGAGAGGAGUAUCAUACCUCAGACUUAGACCAGAUCGUGUUGCUAUGCAAGAUGCCACCGCUCAGAUGGCUAUGCUUCAGUUUAUCUCAUCUGGUCUCCCAAAGGUCGCUGUUCCAUCCACUAUCCACUGUGAUCACUUGAUUGAAGCCCAAAAGGGAGGAGCUACCGAUCUUGCCAGAGCUAAGGACUUGAACAAGGAAGUUUACAACUUCCUUUCCUCUGCCGGAAACAAAUACGGAGUCGGAUUCUGGAAGCCAGGAUCUGGAAUUAUCCAUCAAAUCAUUUUGGAAAAUUAUGCUUUCCCAGGUCUUCUCCUGAUCGGAACUGAUUCUCAUACCCCCAACGGAGGUGGUCUCGGAGGUCUCUGCAUUGGAGUUGGAGGUGCUGACGCUGUUGAUGUCAUGGCCGAUAUUCCAUGGGAGCUCAAAUGCCCCAAAGUCAUCGGAGUUAAGCUUACUGGAAAAUUGAGUGGAUGGACUUCAGCUAAGGACGUUAUCCUCAAGGUUGCUGAUAUCCUCACUGUAAAGGGAGGAACUGGAGCUAUCGUUGAGUACUUCGGAGAAGGAGUCGACUCUCUUUCUGCCACCGGAAUGGGAACUAUUUGCAACAUGGGUGCUGAAAUUGGAGCCACAACUUCCGUCUUCCCAUACAAUGAUAGCAUGCGCAAAUAUCUUGUCGCUACUGGACGUUCUGAUAUCGCUGAUGAGGCUAGCAAGUUCAAAGAUCUUCUUACUGCUGAUCAAGGAUGUCACUAUGACCAAAUCAUCGAAAUCAACUUAGAUACUCUUGUACCACACGUCAAUGGACCUUUCACUCCUGAUCUUGCUUCACCAAUCGACAAACUCGGAGAAAAUGCUAAGAAGAACGGCUGGCCUCUUGACAUUAAGGUCUCUCUGAUCGGAUCUUGCACCAACUCUUCAUAUGAAGAUAUGACCCGUGCUGCUUCCAUUGCCAAACAAGCUUUGGACAAGGGAGUCAAGGCUAAGACUUUGUUCACUAUCACUCCUGGUUCUGAGCAAGUUCGUGCUACAAUCGAGCGUGAUGGCCUUUCCAAAAUCUUUGCUGAUUUCGGAGGAAUGGUUCUUGCCAACGCCUGUGGACCUUGCAUUGGUCAGUGGGAUCGUCAAGAUGUUAAGAAGGGAGAGAAGAACACUAUUGUGACCUCCUACAACCGUAACUUCACUGGAAGAAAUGAUGCCAACCCUGCUACUCACGGAUUCGUCGCCUCACCUGAUAUCGUAACUGCCAUGGCUGUUUCUGGACGUCUUGACUUCAACCCUCUUACCGAUAGCAUCACUGCACCUGACGGUUCCACCUUCAAAUUGAACCCACCAAGUGGAGAUGAUUUGCCACAAAGAGGAUAUGAUGCUGGAGAAGAUACUUUCCAACCACCAUCUGGAACCGGACAAGUAGAUGUCAGCCCAAGCUCUGACAGACUUCAACUCCUUUCUCCCUUCAACAAAUGGGAUGGCAAAGAUCUUGAAGACUUGGUCAUUCUUAUCAAAGUCAAAGGAAAAUGCACUACCGAUCACAUUUCUGCUGCCGGACCAUGGCUCAAGUACCGUGGACAUUUAGACAACAUCUCAAACAAUCUCUUCCUCACUGCUGUGAACUCUGAUAACGGAGAAAUGAACAAAGUCAAGAACCAACUUGACGGAAGCUUCGGAGCCGUCCCAGAAACUGCCCGUAAAUACAAGGCUGCCUCUCAAAACUGGGUUGCCAUCGGAGAUGAAAAUUACGGAGAAGGAUCUUCUCGUGAACAUGCUGCUCUCGAACCCCGUCAUCUCGGCGGACGUGCCAUCAUCACCAAGUCUUUCGCCCGUAUUCAUGAAACCAAUCUUAAGAAGCAAGGAAUGCUCCCACUUACUUUCGCCAACCCAGCUGAUUAUGACAAGAUCGACCCUACUGACCGUGUCUCCAUCGUCGGACUUAAGGACUUCGCUCCUGGAAAGCAGUUGAAGGCUGUCCUUAAGAAGACCAACGGAUCUCAAGUUGAUAUCUGGCUCAACCAUACUUUCAACGAGCAACAAAUCGAAUGGUUCAAAGCCGGAUCAGCCUUGAACAGAAUGAAGGAAGUGUUCGCCACACUAAGAGAUUGUUAUUAA